AUGUACUGCUAUUGUGCUUUCCACUCAGGAUUCACUUACAGCGCUGCCAAUGUAGAGACCUGUGAGACUCACCAUAGCCAGUGCUCCCUACAUGCUUUUUGCACAGAUUACAGCACUGGUUUCUGCUGCCACUGCCAGUCCAAGUUCUAUGGGAACGGCCAGCACUGCUUACCAGAAGGCGCUGUUCACCGUCUCAACGGCAAAGUCAGCGGAGACCUGCUGGUGGGACAGACACCUGUGCACUUUGCGGAUGUUGACUUGCACGCCUACAUUGUUGGCAAUGAUGGGCGAGCAUACACAGCCAUCAGCCACAUCCCUCAGCCAGCUGCUCGGUCCCUGAUCCCACUUUCUCCUAUCGGGGGUUUCUUUGGUUGGCUUUUUGCUCUGGAGAUACCCGGCUAUGAAAACGGCUUCAGUAUCGCUGGUGCUAAAUUCGUUCACAGUCUUGAAGCCACUUUCUAUCCAGGAGAGGAAACUGUUUUUGUCAAGCAAACUGCUGAUGGGCUGGAUGCAGAAAAUUACCUCAGUGUUCGGACUGAAAUUCGAGGGCAGGUGCCUUAUAUUCCCGAGGAUUUUACUGUCGACAUUGGACCUUACAAGGAGAUCUACCAGUACAUGGAUUCAGUUGUGACUUCUACAUCUUACCGUGAAUAUUCCCUACUUGCUUUUGGAAGCAUCAACCAAACCUUGUCCUACCGGCUGCGUCAGAAUCUAACCUACCAUGAAUGCCCCCAUGCACGGCACCGCAGGGUGACUCCCACCACUCAGCAGCUCACGGUGGACCGGAUUUUUGCUUUGUAUAAUGAGGAAGAGCAGGCACUCCGUUAUGCCGUCACCAACCAGAUUGGGCCCCUCAGAGAUGAUUCUGAUUUGGUUGCUCUGAACCCAUGCUACGAUGGCACGCACACAUGUGACACGACGGCACGGUGUCAGCCAGGCUCUGGUUUGGAUUACAGCUGUGAGUGCACUGCCGGCUACUGGGGUGAUGGGAACGAAUGCACAGAUGUCAAUGAAUGUGCCGAGGGCCUCAGCCGAUGCAGCCCAGAAUCAGUCUGUGUCAACACUUUGGGCAGUUACAGAUGUGAGUGCCCCCAUGGAUAUGAACUCGCAGCAGACCGGGCCACUUGUGUAGUGGUGGCCCCACCAUCCAACCCUUGUGAAGACGGCACUCAUACCUGCGCCUCCGCAGACCGAGCAGAAUGUGUGCACCACGGGGGUGCCUCGUUCAGCUGUGUGUGCCUUACGGGUUUUGCUGGCAAUGGACACAACUGCACAGAUGUGGAUGAAUGCGCGGAAGGGAGAUGUCACCAAGCUGCCACCUGCCACAAUUCCCAUGGCUCCUUCUCCUGUCGCUGUCAGGCUGGCUAUGAAGGUGAUGGUUUCCACUGCUCACCAGAGAGCGUGCCGCCAACAAUGACCCGCUGCCAACAUCAACGACUGUAUGCAAGCCAGCAAAGGCCUUCCUUCCCAGGGGGACCCCACGUACCUGAGUGUGAUGACCAAGGGAACUACCGGCCACUGCAGUGCCAUGGCAGCACUGGGAUGUGCUGGUGUGUUGACAGAGAUGGCAAGGAGAUUCCUGGGACUCAGACGCCACCUGGCGCUCCUCCGCCGCCCUGCAGGGGUCCAGAGCCCACCCAGAGACCACAGACCAUGUGUGAACGUUGGAGACAGAGCCUUCUGGAGCAUUAUGGGGGCAACCCACAAGAUGACCAGUAUGUGCCCCAGUGUGACUCUCUGGGCAACUUUAAACCUUUGCAGUGCCAUGGAAAUAGCGGCUACUGCUGGUGUGUGGAUGAGCAUGGCCGUGAAGUCCAAGGCUCACGCUCAGAACCUGGGACCCUUCCUCCAUGUCUGCCCAGUGUGGCCCCUCCAACAGUUCGUCCAUCUCCUCGCCCUGAUGUUGUUCCGCCUACUACUGGGACGUUCCUCCUUUACGCUCAGGGACAACAAAUUGGCUUUUUACCCCUGAAUGGCACCAGACUGAAAAAGGAAGCUGCCAAGACCCUGCUCUCACUGCAUGGCUCCAUUGUGGUGGGGAUCGACUAUGACUGCAGGGAAAAAAUGAUGUACUGGACGGAUGUGGCAGGUCGGACCAUCAGCCGAGCGGGAUUCGAGCCAGGGGCUGAGCCAGAGAACAUCAUAAGCUCAGGGCUGAUCAGUCCAGAAGGCCUUGCCAUUGACCACCUCCGAAGGACCAUGUUUUGGACAGACAGUGGUUUGGACAAAAUCGAGAGCGCUAGGCUGGAUGGCACAGAACGGCGAGUACUUUUUGCCACCGACCUGGUCAACCCACGUGCCAUUGCAGUGGAUCCCAUCCGUGGGAACCUUUACUGGACAGACUGGAACCGCGAAGCCCCCAAAAUCGAGAUGUCCACUGUAACCGGAGAAAACAGGCGGAUUUUGGUCAACCAAGACAUUGGGUUGCCCAAUGGUUUGACCUUUGAUCCCUUUUCCAAACUGAUUUGCUGGGCAGAUGCAGGAACCAAGAAGCUGGAGUGUGCUUUACCUGAUGGAAGAGGGAGGCGCGUCAUUCAGAAUAACCUCAACUACCCCUUCAGCAUUGUUAGCUACGCCAACUACUUCUACCAUACAGACUGGAGAAGAGACGGGGUAAUAGCUGUGAACAAAGACAGUGGUGCUUUUACCGAUGAGUAUCUUCCCGAGCAGAGGACGCAUCUCUAUGGAAUAACAGCAGUCCAUCCUUACUGCCCAGGAGGAAGAAAGUAAACUACCUGGAACAUGGCAUGGGAACGGAGGGGUAAAGUUUCACUAUGACAGCUGGCAGAAGACCCCCACAUCCUGAUAUUAUUGUACAUAAUGGAAGAGACUCCUCAAACUGUGUCCAGACAACCAGUGACCUGUUACUGAAGGGAAUUAAGCGGUUUAAGCUUAGAGCAAAAUUAUCCAGUAUUUUUUUAAAGUUAUACCUCAAAUCUGUACUACUGUAUUUUUGUUUUUUACAAAAAUGAGAACUUUUAUAUAUUGCCAAAAAGAAAUGGUGCUAUGAAUGAUGGGGCUAAUAAUACUUUUUAAAAAAAACUGACAGGAGCAACUUUGUAAAAGAAAAAAAUAUGACCAUAUAAACAUAUCCUUACUCCACAGUUAUUUUAUUGGAAAAAAACAAGAGGCUCUACACAUCCUGAAAUGGGAAAGGAGGGACUACCUUAGCUUACUAAGGAAACUCUCUUGACUGGCUUCUUGCAGCAGUGCCUAAACCGGUCAGUGUAAAUACUCUGGGAGAAGGAUAGAAAGAGUACUUUAUUUGUGUUAAGAGCCAUGCAAAGUUAUGAAGGAUUAUUUUGGAAAACUAAACGCCAUACACUGCUUGUUGCUUCUGCCUCUGUGCAUGUCUUUUUAGUAUUUAUAUUACAAAUUUGCCAGAACGAUGGUUCAAAUUUAUCCCUUGGCCUUCAGGGGCCGUGUGAGUGAAUGCAACUGUCAAUACCUGAUUGUAGCGGCUCAUGUUUUCUAAGCUAUUCCAUGAAUUAAAUAAACAAAAAUUGGACUAA